AUGACAGUACCAAGGCUGACAGAGGAGGAAUGUAUGCUGCGCCUUACCAUUGACCUCGCCUGGAGUGUCGAGUACGACUCACUGACAGGUUUUUGUCGCUCAAGCAACUGCGACGACCAUAUCGUGUAUAAGGAGGGGAGCAUCGUUCACAGGAAGACCUGUGAGACAGGCUUUAUGAAGAAGGCUAUUGUGGAGUAUUAUUGUUCAUCUAAUCUAGCUUUUAACAAGUCUACGUCUAUGUCGACCCUGUGGACGGCUUGGGGAGAACCACAUAUAUAUAGAUCACCCCUUGGAGUAGACGGUGACACAACACAAGAUAAAUUUGCAGCUACAUGUUUUGUUACUGACUAUGAAGUAAGACCCUGGUGGAGAGUAGACUUGGGGGCUGUGUACAGAAUACAUCGUGUAGUUAUAUACAACAGACUCGACAGUAACAGAAAUAGAGCACAUGACCUAGUUCUAUCUGUUGGUGUGAUGGAAGCUGACUUAGUUGCCCAGUAUUAUCUACCAUUACUUUUCAGCACCUACCCAUUUACAUUCAUCAGCAGUACAGUCGCAAAAUUUGUCCAACUUGAGAUCAAUGCAACUUUUGCUGAGCACUUCCAUUUAUGCGAAGUUGAAGUGUACGGAGUUCCAGAAUGUGGAAGUCUACCAAAUCCAAAAAAUGGUUCAGUGUUUUCCACGGACACUACCUUCGGCCACUAUGCUGAAUAUACGUGUAACACAGGGUUUAUUUUACUUGGAAACAGCAACAGGAAAUGUCAGUUAGACGGUACAUGGACAGGAACUGGCCCAACAUGUGAGGUCGUCGACUGUGGUCCUUUAACAAGCCCUGAAAACGGUACUGUAAUUGUGUCGGGUUUAACAUACUUGGAUAAAGCAACAUACAGUUGUUUUACAGGAUUUAGUUUGAAUGGGUCUGUGGCAAGGAUCUGCAUGUCAGAUGGAAACUGGAAUAGUUCUGUCCCGUCAUGUAAUGUUGUCGACUGUGGCUCUUUGUCCAAUCCUGAAAACGGAACUGUGUCAAUGUCUGAUUCAAUAUAUAUGAGUACAGCAACGUACAUUUGUUUUACUGGAUUUAAGUUAGCUGGGUCUGUCACGAGGACCUGCAUGUCUGAUGGAAACUGGAAUAGUUCUGCCCCGUCAUGCAAUUUUAUCGACUGCGGCUCUUUGUCAAACCCUGCGAACGGAACUGUGUCAAUGUCUGAUUCAAUAUAUAUGAGUACAGCAACGUACAGUUGUUUUACAGGAUUUAGUUUGAAUGGGUCUGUCACGAGGAUCUGCAUGUCUGAUGGAAACUGGAAUAGUUCUGCCCCGUCAUGCAAUUUCAUCGACUGCGGCUUUUUGUCAAAUCCUGAAAACGGAACUGUGUCAAUGUCUGAUUCAACAUAUAUGAGUACAGCAACAUACAGUUGUUUUACGGGAUUUAGUUUGAAUGGGUCUGUCAAGAGUACCUGCAUGUCUGAUGGAAAUUGGAAUAGUUCUACCCCGUCAUGCAAUGUUGUUAACUGCGGCUCUUUGUCUAACCUUGAAAACGGAACUGUGUCAAUGCCUGGUUCAAUAUAUAUGAGUACAGCAACGUACAGUUGUUUUACAGGAUUUAGUUUGAAUGGGUCUGUCACGAGGACGUGCAUGUCUGAUGGAAAUUGGAAUAGUUCUGCCCCGUCAUGCAAUUUUGUUGACUGCGGUUUUUUGUCAAAUCCUGAAAACGGAACUGUGUCAAUGUCAGAUUCAAUAUAUAUGAGUACAGCAACGUAUAGUUGUUUUACUGGAUUUAUUUUAACUGGGUCUGUCACGAGGACCUGCAUGUCAGAUGGAAACUGGAAUAGUUCUGUCCCGUCAUGCAAUUUUAUCGACUGCGGCUCUUUGUCAAAUCCUGAAAACGGAACUGUGUCAAUGUCUGAUUCAACAUAUAUGAGUACAGCAACGUACAGUUGUUUUACAGGAUUUAAUUUGAAUGGGUCUGUCACGAGGAUCUGCAUGUCUGAUGGAAAUUGGAAUAGUUCUGCCCCGUCAUGCAAUUUCAUCGACUGCGGCCCUUUGUCAAAUCCUGAAAACGGGACUGUGUCAAUGUCUGAUUCAACAUAUAUGAGUACAGCAACGUACAGUUGUUUUACAGGAUUUAGUUUGAAUGGGUCUGUCACGAGGACCUGCAUGUCAGAUGGAAACUGGAAUAGUUCUGUCCCAUUAUGCAAUUUUAUCGACUGCGGCUCUUUGACAAACCCUGAAAACGGAACUGUGUCAAUUUCGUAUUCAACAUAUAUGAGUACAGCAACGUACAGUUGUUUUACAGGAUUUAGUUUGAAUGGAUCUGUCACGAGGAUCUGCAUGUCUGAUGGAAACUGGAAUAGUUCUGCCCCGUCAUGCAAUUUCAUCGACUGCGGCUUUUUGUCAAAUCCUGAAAACGGAACUGUGUCGAUGUCUGAUUCAACAUAUAUGAGUACAGCAACAUACAGUUGUUUUACAGGAUUUAGUUUGAAUGGGUCUGUCAAGAGUACCUGCAUGUCUGAUGGAAAUUGGAAUAGUUCUGCCCCGUCAUGCAAUGUUGUUAACUGCGGCUCUUUGUCUAACCCUGUAAACGGAACUAUGUCAAUGCCUGGUUCAAUAUAUAUGAGUACAGCAACUACAGUUGCUAUACAGAUUUCGUUGAAUGGUUGUCACGAGGACGUGCAUGUCUGA